CCCGCGCCCCUGAUAGGGGCCGCCGCCAGCAGUGGCGGCGGCGGAGGCGGGGGCAGCGGCGGCGGCGGCGGAGGCGCCUCUGCAGCUCCGGCUCCUCCUGGCCUCCCGGGAACUACAAGUCCCAGGGGGCCUGGCGGCGGGCGGCGAACGGAAGAGGCGGGGUCGGCGCCGCGAGGCCGGAAGUGGCCGUGGAGGCGGAAGUGGCGCGGCCGCGGAGGGGCCUGGAGCGCGGCGGCGGGACCCGGGGCGGGAGCGGCGGCGGCGGCGGCGGCGGCGGCGGCGGCGGCUGGGGGCGGCGGCGGCGCGCUGGAGGCGGCCAUGGCAAAGCAGUACGACUCGGUGGAGUGCCCCUUUUGUGAUGAGGUGUCCAAAUAUGAGAAGCUCGCUAAGAUCGGCCAAGGCACCUUCGGGGAGGUGUUUAAGGCAAAGGACCGCAAGACCGGCCAAAAGGUGGCUCUAAAGAAGGUGCUGAUGGAGAACGAGAAGGAGGGGUUCCCCAUUACAGCCUUGCGGGAAAUCAAGAUCCUCCAGCUUCUAAAACAUGAGAACGUGGUCAACUUGAUUGAGAUCUGUCGAACCAAAGCGUCCCCCUAUAACCGCUGCAAAGGCAGUAUAUACUUGGUGUUUGACUUCUGUGAGCAUGACCUUGCUGGGCUUCUGAGCAACGUCUUAGUGAAGUUCACGCUGUCUGAGAUCAAGAGGGUCAUGCAGAUGUUGCUCAACGGCCUCUACUACAUCCACAGGAACAAGAUCCUGCACAGGGACAUGAAGGCGGCUAACGUGCUCAUCACCCGCGAUGGGGUUCUGAAGCUGGCUGACUUUGGGCUGGCCCGGGCCUUCAGCCUGGCCAAGAACAGCCAGCCCAACCGCUAUACCAACCGUGUGGUGACGCUCUGGUACCGGCCCCCGGAGCUGUUGCUCGGAGAGCGGGACUACGGCCCCCCCAUUGACCUGUGGGGUGCUGGGUGCAUCAUGGCGGAGAUGUGGACCCGCAGCCCUAUCAUGCAGGGCAACACGGAACAGCACCAGCUCGCCCUCAUCAGCCAGCUCUGUGGCUCCAUCACCCCUGAGGUGUGGCCAAAUGUGGACAAGUAUGAGCUGUUUGAGAAACUGGACCUGGUCAAGGGCCAGAAGCGGAAGGUGAAGGACAGGCUGAAGGCCUACGUGCGUGACCCCUACGCGCUGGACCUCAUCGACAAGUUGCUGGUGCUGGAUCCCGCACAGCGCAUUGACAGUGACGACGCCCUCAACCACGACUUCUUCUGGUCUGACCCCAUGCCCUCGGACCUCAAGGGCAUGCUGUCCACCCACCUGACGUCCAUGUUCGAGUACCUGGCGCCGCCACGCCGGAAGGGCAGCCAGAUCACCCAGCAGUCCACCAACCAGAGCCGCAAUCCCGCCACCACCAACCAGACAGAGUUUGAGCGCGUCUUCUGAGGGCCGGCAGCUCUCGCGUUUAUUAGGGCUGUUUUAUUUUUUCUUCUGCUCUGUGACUUGCAGUGUGGAGAUGAUGGAGCAUUUGAGUUUUUUCUCUAGUCUGUAUUUUAUUUAAUCCCCACCAUGGGCAGUGGGAACAGCAGCUAAGUGGACUGGAGUAAAGCUUUGGCUGAAAGUGCAGGAGGACACGGGGGCUGCCUCACCUGUUCCCUGGCUUUGGGAUGACACCCAGAGGGUCUCCAUUUACCUUAGGACAGAAUGGGUGGGAGGAGAGGCGCUAACGGUGACUUUUUCUGAGUUCCCAGCAUGAUGGGAGGAGGGGACAGGUCCUUCACCCAUCCGAAGCCUCCUCUUGGGAUGAGAAGCUCAUGUAGGGGACAGAACCAGCCCCGGAAAUGGGCUGCUCUUGGCCUGACCCUCAGAAGCACUGGGGCUGGCAGAAACUCUUGGUUUCUUUAAUGGGAGAAUUUUAUCAUGUUUCUUUUGUUUGGUUGUUCGGAGACAUUUCUGGAUGCGGUUUGUCAGUUACAAUUGGUCAGUUACUAUUAAAGGUGACUCUUUUUCAGUAA